AGAGGCCCCGGCCGUUAUCUCGCAUUCCUGGCCGGGGUGGCCGUGCCUCACCGGGCUAAUUAUGGGCAUGCGGCGGCGGGCGCACGGCCGGCCCCCUCCCCUGGGGACCUGGGCGCUGGGGACAGGGGCUUGGUGGCACCGGCACGGUGACAUGGCCUCGCUCAGCUCGGCCGCCACGUACCGCGCCGAGCGCAUCAGCACCUACAGCCAGGGGCACCCAGAGCCCCGCUUCGAGGGGGAGCGGUACUGCUACGACGCCUUCGGGUACCCAGGGUCCCCGGGGGCCAUGUACCCCUGCAGCCUAGGCCCCUGGGUGCGGGCCCAGGGGGACACCUACCAGGUGGUGGCCGACGUCAGCCAGUAUGAGCCCCCCGACAUCGUGGUGACCACCUCCAACGGCCACGUCGCCAUCCGGGCCGAGAAGGUGGCUGAGGACGGCACCGUGUGUGACACUUUCACCCACCAGUGUCGGCUGCCUGAGGACACGGACCCGCUGUCGGUGAGCUGUGCCCUCACCGAGGCCGGCAUGCUGCUCAUCACUGCCCGGCGCCGCACUGGCACCCGCCCCGGUGAGCCCCCGCAGCCGCUGUACCGUAGCGAGGCCACGCUGGGAGCAGGACCAGUGAGAGGACAGUGAUGGCAACCCUGGGCCAUGCCGGGGGGAGGCUUGGCCAGUGCCAAUGUGCUGUGGUGUGGUUGCUCUGUUUAUAAAGUCCUUUUAUUAAAUUAAUAUAAAAAUC